UGUGAUAACCUUUUUGAAUGUUGAGGAAUUUGUUUAAGCCACAUUUUCUCCGUCCCCGCACAAUGUCCUGCUUUUCACAAGUGCUGAACCCCAUAACCGGCGAGAACUCGUGGCAGGAGCGGGAGGAUGACUACGAUUACCACCAGGAGGUGGCCAAUGCUGGAUUCGGCGACAUGCUGCACGACUGGGAGCGGAACCAGAAAUACUUUGCUGCCCUGCGGAAAACAAUAGGGGAGAUGCGAUCUGCAGGAAGGGAAGUCCACGUCCUGGACAUUGGCACGGGCACUGGAAUCCUCUCUAUGAUGGCUUUGGAAGCCGGUGCCGAUUCUGUGACCGCCUGCGAAGCAUUCCUACCCAUGGCGAACUGCGCCGAGAAAAUCCUGGCCGCAAAUGGAGCUGCUGAUAAAGUGCGGCUCAUUAGGAAACGUUCUACGGACAUUCAAAUUGGCGAGGAUAUGCCACGAAAGGCCAAUCUUCUGGUAGCUGAGCUGCUGGAUACAGAACUAAUAGGCGAAGGCGCCAUAGGAAUCUAUAACCAUGCCCACGACGAGCUCCUAACAGAGGAUGCACUGUGCAUACCAGCGCGUGCCAGGUGUUACGCUCAGGUAGCUCAGUCCCCACUUGCGGCGCAAUGGAACAGCUUGAAAUCCCUGGCCAACCUCGAUGGCGAACCUCUGCUGCAACCGCCCGAGCAACUGAAAGGAUGCAAGGGCGAAGCGGGUCUGCAUGAUGUCCAGUUGUCGCAGCUGCCAAGUCACACUUUCCGUCCCCUUACCGACCCCGUGGAGAUCUUCCAGUUCGACUUUCAACGUAAAAAGCAGAGGGAGAAGAAGCGGGAUCAGCUUCUGGAAGUGCAAUCAAAUCAGCCAGGCUCUGCUGAACUCGUCUUCUACUGGUGGGACAUCCAACUGGACGAUGGUGGUGAAAUUCUGCUCAGCUGCGCUCCCUACUGGGCACAUCCGGAAAUCAAAGACCUGGCCGGCAAAAAGGGCAAGGAUUUGCCAUUGCCUAAUGUGGUUCCCUGGCGGGAUCACUGGAUGCAGGCCAUCUACUACAUACCCAAGCCGCUCCAACUGCUAGAAGCAGGAAAAUCUUUCCACUUGAGCUGCCAUCAUGAUGAAUAUUCCUUAUGGUUUGAUGCUCGCGCGGAAGCGCCAGCGAAAAGUGUCAGCCGACAUACUUGUACCUGCGAUCUGCAUAUGACAUACUCCAGAAGUAGGAUUGGUCAGAUGAACCAAUCUACCCGAAACAAACGCUAUUUGCGGUACCUGGAGGAGAACAUAGAGGCGGAAAAGUCCAAAGUUUUGGUUCUUGGCAACGGUUGCCUUUUGGGUUUGGCGAGUUCUGCUUUAGGAGCCGCAUCAGUUCAUCUCCACGAACCUCAUCGAUUCUCGCGAAGGCUGCUUGAAUCUAUUGUGCAACAUAACCAACUAAAGAACGUCCAGUUUGUGGAUAAAGUAGAGGAAGUGGAGGAUUCGGAGCUAGGUGGAAUUACACAUGUCUUUGCAGAGCCAUACUUCCUCAAUGCAAUCCUUCCAUGGGACAACUUUUACUUUGGAACCUUGCUGGCGAAAAUUAAGGAGAAACUGCCUGAAGACGUGAAGAUAUCGCCUUGCUCCGCCAGAAUUUAUGCUCUCCCUGUAGAGUUCUUGGAUCUGCACAAGAUUCGAGCUCCUGUAGUCAGCUGCGAGGGAUUCGAUCUGAGGCUAUUUGAUGAAAUGGUAGAGAGGUCUGCUGAGCAGGCAGUUACUUUGGUGGAAGCCCAGCCCUUGUGGGAAUAUCCCUGUCGGGCGCUGGCCGAACCCCAGGAAAUUCUUAACGUGGAUUUCCAUAAAUUUAGUGAGGAGCAUCACCUCAAAGGAACCAUAGAACUGAAGCAUCCUGGCACCUGCAAUGGCGUAGCACUGUGGGUGGACUGGCAGUUAAUCAACGACAGUAGUCCUAGGUCCGUAGUAAGCACGGGACCAAGUGAAGAAGUAACUCCGGGAGAGUUUGUAAAGUGGGACAUGUUCGUCCGGCAAGGAGUGCAUUUUCCUCAAAAAGCCAACCAAACCAUCAGCUCGCUAGACUGGAGCACCGACUUUAAGCCACUACUGGGACAGCUCUCAUUUACUUUUGGCCAGAAAAAGCCGUAGAAAUCCGAGGGGGAUUAUAUACUUUUAUUCACAUAAAUUUGGAAAAACGCAGCAACGCACAAUGAACGUCAGGGAAAUACAUAAAACGAGUG